AUGGAAAUUGACGUGAAUCCAAUAGAAGAUUAUGAUACUACAGAUUCAAUGAGACUCAAUCUCUUUCAACAGUUAUUAAAAGCAGAAGGAAUUAUCCACAUCCUAUUCCGCUCCACGACUAAAAGAACUUCAACCGUCGAAAGAUUUCAUCGAACUAUUGGAGAUAAAUUAAGAUGUUGUUACAGCCACACCAAUCAUUUACCAAUGAAAUCGACAUUAGAUGAGGUUAUGGAUUAUGAUAAACUACAAUGGUACUUACCUAUCACAGUAGUAUAA